UUUACUGCUAUGCCUGCACAUAGCUUUUACCAAAAAAACACCCCUUUUCUCCAGCUUAACAUUUAUUUUAUCAAAACCCCAUUUCAGAUAUUCAGUUUUUGUCACCUUCAAUUACUGGAGAUUCUAAUUCUCUGUAAAAAUUGUUGGGGAUAAAUGGAAAGUUUUUGAAUUUCAGAUUCUUUUGAAGAAAAAAAAGUGAAAACUUUUGAUUUUCUGAUAUUACCAUCCAUAGAAGAUCUUCAAAUACCGGUAAAUCCGAUAAAAUGGAGGGGGUAAAAUAACUUGGUUCUUUUCAAAUCCAUCUCAGGCCACAAUCAAAGUCCUCCUUUUCAAUUCCCUAUUUUUAUUUUUUAAAACAAUAAUAAAAUUCUUUCUGCUUUUUCAUCAACACAAAAGCCCCACUUUAAAAUUAAAAAAAAAAAAGAAAAAAAGAUAAGCAAUCAUUUUCCAUUGCUUUCCUUUUUCUUGUUUUCUGGUUUUCUUUUUCCCCAUUUGUUUCCCAUUAAAAAAAAAUGGCGACAAUCAAUGGUGAGACUGCAAUGGAAAAGGCCUUGGGGUCUAUAGGAAGCUUUAGUAACAACAACAACAAGGAGGUGUUUCUUAGGGCAGAUAAGAUAGAUUUCAAGAGCUGGGAUUUGCAACUGGAUAAGCACUUGAGCAGGGCUUGGUCUAGGGACAGUGAUGGUUCAACUCUCACAAAGAAGGAAGAAUGGGAAAUUGAUUUGGCUAAACUUGAUAUAAGGUAUGUUAUAGCUCAUGGGACUUAUGGCACCGUUUACCGUGGCGUUUAUGAUACCCAAGAUGUUGCAGUGAAGGUAUUGGACUGGGGGGAGGAUGGGAUUGCCACGGUUGCUGAAGCUGCUGCUCUUCGGGCGUCAUUCCGACAAGAGGUUGCUGUUUGGCAAAAGCUUGACAACCCGAAUGUUACAAAGUUUAUCGGAGCUUCAAUGGGAACUUCCAACCUUAAAAUCCCGACAAAAGAUGGAAUAAGCGAGAAUAAUAAUUCCCUUCCUGCCAGAGCAUGUUGUGUUGUUGUUGAGUAUCUUCCUGGUGGAACGUUAAAGAAUUUUUUGAUCAGGAACAGGAGGAAGAAACUUGCAUUUAAGGUUGUGAUUCAAAUUGCUUUGGAUCUCUCUAGAGGUUUGAGCUAUCUUCACUCCAAAAAGAUUGUACACCGUGAUGUUAAGACCGAAAAUAUGUUGCUAGAUGCUCAUAGAACUGUGAAAAUUGCUGAUUUUGGUGUUGCUCGAGUUGAAGCUCAGAACCCAAGAGACAUGACAGGGGAAACAGGCACUCUCGGUUACAUGGCUCCAGAGGUCCUUGAUGGGAAGCCUUAUAAUCGGAAAUGUGACGUCUACAGUUUCGGUAUAUGCUUAUGGGAAAUAUACUGCUGUGACAUGCCUUAUGCCGAUCUUAGUUUCGCUGAAGUUUCAUCGGCAGUAGUAUGCCAGAAUUUACGACCAGAAAUCCCUAGAUGUUGCCCUAGUUCAUUGGCAAGCAUCAUCCGAAAAUGUUGGGAUGCACACCCUGAACGACGUCCCGACAUGGACGAGGUGGUGAGAUUGUUAGAAGCAGUGGAUACAAGUAAGGGAGGUGGCAUGAUACCUGAUGACCAGGCUCGUGGAUGUUUCUGUUUCACUGCCCGUGGUCCGUGAUGCUUUUAGUUGAGAUAGAGAGAGAGAGUGUAUGUGUGUGUGUGUGGAGCACUUCAUUGUUAGGCUCCAAUAACCAUUGAUUUCGAUAUUGCAAAUGAAUAUAACCAUAUCAAGGACCAUGUAGAACACAUACUAAGCGUGUGAAUCUCAAUAUUUCAUAUAGACAGCACAACUAAA